CCCCUUACUUGUAGAGACUGACACAAAAGCAGCACAGGGCCAAGAUCUUACGCCCUGGUAAGUCCCUGAGAAAUUCUUCUGCACGAGGAGAGGAAACAGUUGUCGGAGUCCACUGCAGCAGCUCAUGCUUUGUCUGCUGGCUUCUGGGCUUGCUGUGGUCUGUCAGCCAGCAUGUCACUUUCAGCACUCUGCAGCAUUUUAAUGCAUCAAUGUCAUGCAUGAAACGCACAGUCCCAUCACACACUGGUGCAAGCUAAUCCCCCAGGACCUCUGGCCCACAGCUUACUGCUGAUUAACUCCAGUGACUUCCUUUUCAUUCUUUCUUAGUCGAGGCCCAUGUCAUUACAUUUCCCAAGAACGGAAUGAGGCUGAAAUGCUUUAAUUACUCAGAUGGUCUGAUUUUGUCUUUUCAAAUGUAGCCCAAUGCUCACACUUUUGCCAUCUUCAGAAACAGCUUCUGUACACAGAUACUUCAUGAAAACACUUCUGACACAGAGUACUUUUCAGCCAGUACCCCAGGAUGUGCUGAUGCAGGUGCAAAAGCUUUAACCCAUCUCUUUGGAAACUGUUGUUUAACUGUAUUCUGUGUAAGAUACUUUAGGAGCAGAGAGCACUUCAGUAGCAUCACAUUACAUGACUUACUGCUUUCCCAAAUACAGAUCAGAAAUGCUGUGAUUGCAGCUGAGUUGGCUACAGCACUGUUAGUGAUGCCCCCAGUAAUGGCCCAGUGCUGAUGCCAGGAUUUGUCCCCUCAUGUGUGCCUCAGCCCUGUAUUUUUCUGAUGGCUUGCCUUUGUUGCAUCGUUUUCCCCAUCCAUCCUAACUUCCAACACACAUUUGCUAUGGGUUUCUUGUUUGUUACAUAUUACAGCUGCAUUCACUUUCUGCUAGAGCCAGGUAAUUGCCAGCCCAGCUAGCCCUCUUGCUCAGCUGGGGAAUGGUAGCUUUCAGCAAUUUAUAUUCUCUGCCUUGGCUAGAAUUGUCCCCUUUUGGCUUGGAGUUGGUUCUGACUUAGCAGAGGUCUUCUUCUGCAAGCUGGCAAUAUAUGCCGCUGCUGGUUUCCAGCCAGUGACCCACUCUGUCCAGAGGAGCUCUAGCCCAUUUUCCAUGAAAGAUGCAACGCCUUUUACCCUCAGGGAAAGCAGGGCACCUGCAGCUAUGCUGCCCCUCCAUCUUCACUCCCAAGGAACUCUUGACUGGAAUGGCCUCUAGGCUCAGGGUUGCCCAAGAACUCCAAGUGUCAGAAGUUUGUGUGUGUACAGAGUGGGACAGUCUGAUCUGAUUCAGGUCCUGUGAAAACAGGAUGUCAAGAGCUCUCCGGCACUUUCUGUAAAUUAGCAGCCUGCUACUGAAGCCAGACCCACAUGAGAAGCCAUAAUGGUUCAGCAGGCUUGCAGUGUGCCCCCAGUACCUGCUGUCUCUGCCUGGCCCGCUGCUGAGCAGUUAGCAGUCUGCGCCAAGCGAGGUGCAGCACACAGUGCUUCGUAGCCAGCUGGUUACUGGAGGAUGCAAAGGGAGCUGGCAGUAGGGGAGUAGUUUGGGAAAUAUGGGGAAGAGCAGGGAGACCUGGGGUUUUGUAGUGGAAAAGAAAGAAGGGGAGGGACAGAACAUAUGUAUUAGUAGAAAAUCAGCUUUGCUCCUUUGCCUGUUUGUGCAACAUCUCAUUAAAAUUAGAAGAUUAUCCACUACAAUUUUGGACGUUCCCAAGCAGAGUCAGAGAGCGGUGCUCCACACAGUACCCGGCUCCAGCCCCACAGGUCAGGCUCUACUGAGCAAAUGUUUUGGCUUGCAAGCUGUCGGGAAUGACCUAGUGUGAGUUCAGAGAGGUGUCAUAGGGCUUUCCUACUUUUCAUGCCCAUGUGGCAUAAGAGGCCAAUAGCAUCAUGGGCAGCAUUAGGAAGAGCGUUGGCGCAGACACAUCUGGAGCACUGUUUUCAGUUCUGGGCUCUCCAGUGAAGAAGUACACAGACAUACUGCAGCAAUUCCAGUGAAGAGCCGCUAAGGUGAUGGAGGGUUUGCAACAUCCAACAUAUGAGGAGAGGCUAGCAGAGCUGUAAGGAAACUGGAGAAGGCUCAGGGGGGAUCUUAUUGAUGCAUAUAAAUAUCUGAUGGGAAGGUGUAGAGAAGUUGGAGCCAGACACGUCUCAGCAGGACAAGAGGCGAUGGGCACAUACUGGAAUACAGGAAAUUCUGUUUAGACAUAAGAAAAAGCUUUUUAACUGAGAGAGUAGCUGAAGGCUGGAACAGAUUGCCCAGAGAGGUUGUGGAGCCUCCAUCCUUGGAGUUAUUCAAAACCCAACUGGACACAACCCUGAGCAACCUGUUCUAACAGACUCUUCUUUGAGCAGGGAGGUUGGACUAGAUCAUCUCCAGAAGUGCCUGCCAGCCUCAGCGAGUCUAUGAUUUCACCAAGUCUCUGUGCACUUUUGCCUUUGGCAGAACUGCCUGUGCUCCACAGAAGACAUUUCUGUAGUUCAACAUGGUGUCUCAGUUACAGGGGCUGAGCUCUGUCAUGUCUUGCACUCCAUUAGUAUCCUCCUGUUAAGCACAAAUGGGAAGGUGCUCAUGCAGACAUGCUGCAGCUGGCAUUUGCAAGCACUGCCCUGGAUGGUUGGUCUUCUGAAAAUGUGAAACACAGCUGUGGUACAUGGAUUCUCAGCCCAUGUACCAGCAGCCCAUGUACCAUGUCGCAGCAGUAACCUGGGUUCCCAUUAUUUUGAAAGGGAUGUUUUGCUGUAUUUUUUGUUCUAGAAUAAAUAUAAGUUCACAGAGCCACCAAACGGUGGGAUGUUUGUUACUCAUGAGAAUGAAAUUGCUAAACGUAACAUAUGGAUAUGGCAGAAGGUGACCAGGCAUUUCUCCUUGACGCCUAUCACUUUGUUUCCCACCAGUCCUGGUCAGAGACUCAACAACACACUAUUUGUGGGGGAAGGUUAGGAAGGACCAGCCGUGGUUUGGUUCUUUCUCUUGAACUGCAAGUUGCUUACAGGAUGCUGCUUUUCUGCUUACUGUGAAUGACUCUGUGACCUGCUUUUUGUUUUAAUGCUGUCUGGCUGUGACUCUGGAGAACCACAUUGCAGGAACGGGUAAAAUGAAUGAGGAAACUGCCGUGCCAGGGAAGCAGGCAGGGGACGUUAGACUGAGAGGAAGGCGGAGGACGUGACACGUGAGGGCAUCCCAGUGUGUUCUGAGGCAUCCCAGCUAAUGCUGGGGUACCUGCUUUUCUAGUUCCAGGUUCAAGUGGGAAUCUGAAGUUGCCUAGGGAAAGUGCCUCUGUUUGUAACUGCAGUAUGACAUCAGGACAGAUGGCUUGGAUAGGUCCAUCUUCAUUUUGUCCCUUCAGCUUGGUGUUUAAGGGGGCAGCCUUGUGAAAAUGGGGACGGCAUAAACCAUAGAUGAAAACCAGCUUCCUGUUACAGGAGUUAGGGCCCAUAGGAAAAAGGAUUUCUGAGAUGGACAUCCUGGGAGCAGGGAAGCAUACGUGGCAGCAGCGAGACCUCAUAGUUGAAUUUGGCAAGUGUUCCCCUCCUGGUUUCUCCACGCAUAUGCCUUGCUCUGUCCUUACUUAUUGCUGCUGUGCUGCACCCUACAACACUGGUGCUGACUGGUAGAAGGAGUGGACACAUGAUUCUGACUGCUCGCAUGAAAACAAGUGUCUUUUUUUUUUCUUUUCCAGCCAAUCCCUUGGGUAUUCUCAUAGCAAACGUGCUGUCACCUGCACUAGUUCCAGAAGGAAAGCACAUUCCACUGAUGCUGGGUGUUUAUGCCAUCCCAGCAGUAACAGCCUGUGCUCUAGCAACCACUGGGAUUCACGAGAAGGUUCCUCCAACACCUCCUUCUGCCAGUGCCACUAACUCCACCUCCCAGCCAUUCCUCACAGGGCUUAAAAUGCUCCUGAGAAACAAGUCAUACAUCAUCCUGGCUGUGUGCUUUGGAGGAGGAAUUGGGAUGUUCACCUGCUUUUCAUCUCUGCUGGAACAGAUCCUCUGCGAAAAAGGAUAUUCAAAUGUAUUUGCUGGCCUGAAUGGUGCACUGUUCACCAUGUGCGGUUUGCUGGGUGCCUUCCUACUAGGACUGUAUGUUGACCGAACAAGGAGGUUUAUAGAGUCCACCAAGAUCUGUUUCUGUCUGAGUGCACUUGCUAGCAUCGUGUUUGCAGUGGCGUCUCGGUUCAGACACCAGGCCAUAACGCUGGCCAUAGCCAGCUCGCUGUUUGGGUUCUUCGGUUUUGCCAUCUACCCCGUUGCCAUGGAGCUGGCUGUGGAGUGCUCCUACCCUGUGGGAGAGGGCACAUCUACAGGCCUGAUUUUUGUUGCAAGCCAGGUCCAAGGUGUGAUUUUAAUGAUUCUGCUGCAAGCCCUCACCGUGCGGGUUUCUGAGGACCCAUCCUCCGCCUGUGCCCUCAACCAAGACGGAGCCCUGGACUGGACCAUCCCAACACUGCUGCUGGCUGGGCUCUGCAGUGCCAUGGCUUGCUUCUACGUCAUCUUCUUCAACACUGACUACAAGCGGCUCCAUGCUGAGGCAAACAGUGGCACUUUGGUCAGUGCAGAAGAUACGGCGGCAGCAGCUGCUCCUGAAGCCUAACCAGGCUGAAAAGGGCACACCAACGGCCGGUUAAGGAAGGAGUCAGGUCUGCGGGCAGGGGCUGUGACUGUGAGUGCUCACCUGAAAUGCUGGGAUGUCUGGGUCCUGUUAUACAACAGGCAGCCUGGAUUUCACAAGAAAAGGGCCAGAGCAGAGCUACUGGGGUGCCCUUCCUGAGCUUCCCCAACUCUUGUAUUUAUUUCUCAGGCUGGGGUGUAGGGUACAGGGUGGUUGUGCUGCCAGAAAGGUCAGAGGGGGUUGGACAACUGCAGAGGUACAACAGGUAUUUUCAGCUGUCUUGAUUCAAGCUAAAGGAAUGUUGCAGAGAAGAGGAGCAUCACAUAUUUCAGCCAUUUUUUUGUUUUCAUGUGCUUGGACCUGGGGUGAAGCUCUCAGAGGGGUGGAAGCCAUGCCUAUCACAAAGCUGUCAGAAAAUUAGCUUGCAAGUACUGUGGUUCUUGUAUAGCUUGACACUCUCCCCCCCCCCUCUAACCUGGAGCUAGUUGUGCCUCUUGCUUGGCUAAAGGGUGGUAGGAGCUAGAGCAUCUUUCUGUUGCAGGACGGAGGGCACAGGCAUGUCAUCUGUAGUAUGAGUCUGUUCCGAUGAGCCACAUUGCGCUCUCCUACAGAUGGCAAAAGGAAAGCUCUGCCUGCAGGGCCGACCAUGAAAGAGGAAAUCAGUAAGCAGCGGAUGCUAAAUGUGGCAGCCUUGCUUGCCGUUUCUAGUCCCUUGCCAAAUGUCAAGACAUCCAGGAUCAGUUUGUUUUGCCUUGUGCUCCUGUUGUCUCACCAUCUCUCCUGCUGUUCCAAUGGUUCAGAUUUUCCACGGGAGGAUGAACCUGCCACUGUAAGAUCAAAGCUGUGUACCCUCCCCAGACCAAGAUUUGUGCUCUUCUACAGGGGAACACUGAGAGGGCAGCUUACUUUCUGGAAAAUGACACAGCAGUGCCUUGGGGGGAAGGUGGCAAGAAAACAGGCAAAGGUGACCACAUAACGAGUGCAGGGAGUCUUCACAAGUUUCUGCGAAUGAUACGAGUGGUUUUGAGGAAGGCCAAGUAAGGAGCACAGGCAUCUUCCAGAUCCCGCUGCAAUUGACAGCUGUCCUUCAGUGUUUGAAGAGAUGGGCAGAUGCACAAAAGGUCCCCUUUGGAGUUCAGUUACCACAAUUGCAAGGGGUACAAGUGAGCUUUUCUGCCUUCUACAAACAGCUAUACUUGCACUGCAAUCCACUGUCCUGCUUCGUUAUUCACGUCUAGGUAUACAGCCUGAGCACUUGUACUCCUAUGGCAUUUCUGUGCUAGAAGAAAUAAGGCAGGUUGGGCUGGGUGAGGCUUUGUAUCAUGAGUUUGCAAGGAGGUCUCAGCACUUUUGUUAAUCAAGGGAAAUUGUUGCAAAUUUGAGCUCUGAAGAUGAAGUGACUACCUUUCUCCAGUCUAGCUAGAGCACUACGCAAAGCAAAGGAUGCACUUCUCCUGGGGAACACCGUGCAGGGGAGCUCUCUCACCACCUGGAGUCUCCUUUCCAUCUGCAACUAGAAAGCUCUCGCUCUGGAAGACACCGAGCUGCAUCCAGAAAGAGCUUGCUAGUUCCUACAGCUGCAGCCCUGCUGUCACCAGUAAUCACUAACUUCUAUCAAAAGGAGCAGGAAGGAAGAUGAGUUCAAACCAAAUGAACGUGGACAUGUCAGAGGAGUUGGAUUCGCUGACUUUUUCAAAACUAACUUGUCAGUUCUGCAACCCUGGACCUCAUAUACUGAACAGAUUAACACCAACUUUACCUGUCACUCCUGAGUCCCGCUGUACUGGGAAGCAAGAAGCACUUGGUGCUUGAUGAUUUUAUGUCUUUACAGACACUCCUGUCUUUUGAAUAAAGGGCAGUUUAAGGAAA